CAUCCAUUCCACACAAACACAACGCACCGCACCGCACCCAGCUCUCCCACUGUGCGCACGGCACGCGGUUGCGCUUGCGCGCAGGGAAAACGCUGCAGAGAGUAGAGGCGCGAGGCGAGGUUUGUAAGUAGAGCGGCAGGGGAGUGAGGAGCCGAGCCGAGCCGAGAGCAAGCGAGCAGGCAAGAUGCCGUUCUCGGGGUCGGUGAACCUCAAGUAUGUGAAGCAGGGGUACCAGCUCCUGGUGAAGCACUUCCUGACGCUGCUGCUGGUGCCGGUGAUGGCAGCCACAGCGCUGGAGCUGGCGCGGCUGGGGCCAGGGGAGCUUCUGUCUCUGUGGCGGUCGCUGGAGCUCGACCUCGUGCACAUCCUCUGCUCCGCGUUCUUCGUCGUCUUCGUGGGCACCGUCUACUUCAUGUCGCGACCCAGGCCCGUGUACCUGGUGGACUACGCGUGCUACAAGCCGCCGGCCAGCUGCCGCGUGCCCUUCUCCACCUUCAUGGAGCACACGCGCCUCAUAACCAACGACGAGAAGAGCGUGCGCUUCCAGACCAAGAUCCUCGAGCGCUCCGGGCUCGGCGAGGACACGUGCCUCCCGCCCGCCAACCACUACAUCCCGCCCAACCCCAGCAUGGAGGCGUCACGCGCCGAGGCGCAGCUCGUCAUCUUCUCCGCCAUUGACGACCUCGUCCGCCGCACGGGGCUCAAGCCCAAGGACAUCGACAUCCUCGUCGUCAACUGCAGCCUCUUCUCCCCGACGCCCUCGCUCUCGGCCAUAAUCAUCAACAAGUACAAGCUCCGCAGCAACAUCCGCAGCUUCAAUCUCUCCGGCAUGGGAUGCAGCGCCGGGCUCAUCUCCAUUGACCUCGCGCGCGACAUGCUCCAGGUGCACCGGAACUCGAACGCGCUGGUGGUGUCGACGGAGAUUAUCACGCCCAACUUCUACCAUGGGACCCGGCGCGACAUGAUGCUGCCCAACUGCCUGUUCCGGAUGGGCGCGGCGGCGAUCCUGUUGUCCAACCGGCGGCGCGAGGCGCGGCGUGCCAAAUACCGGCUGGUGCACGUGGUGAGGACGCACAAGGGCGCAGACGACCGCGCGUACCGGUGUGUCUACGAGGAGGAGGACGAACAGGGGUACUCGGGCAUCUCGCUGUCCAAGGAGCUGAUGGCCAUCGCCGGCGACGCGCUCAAGUCGAACAUCACGACCAUCGGCCCGCUGGUGCUGCCCAUGUCGGAGCAGCUGCUCUUCUUCUUCCGGCUGGUCGGGCGCAAGCUCAUCAACAGGAACUGGAAGCCUUACAUCCCAGACUUCAAGCUGGCGUUCGAGCACUUCUGCAUCCACGCCGGCGGGCGCGCCGUCAUAGACGAGCUGCAGAAGAACCUGCAGCUGUCGGCGCGGCACGUGGAGGCCUCCCGCAUGACACUGCACCGGUUCGGCAACACGUCGAGCAGCUCCCUCUGGUACGAGCUCGCCUACAUCGAGGCUAAGGGCCGCAUGCGCCGCGGCGACCGCGUCUGGCAGAUCGGCUUCGGCAGCGGGUUCAAGUGCAACAGCGCCGUCUGGAAGUGCCUCCGAAGAAUCAAGACGCCCACCAACGGGCCGUGGGACGACUGCAUCGAACGCUACCCCGUCGACAUCCCCGAGAUCGUCAAGCUGUGAACGACGAGCCAGCUCAACCGCUGCGGCAGCCGCGCCGCUAUAUUGUACCUGUACGUCCCGCGAAGCAUUCGCUUCAAAAUUAAACCUUUGUGCUGUUUUUUACUUUCUUCUUUGCUUUUUUUCUUCUCUUCUCUUUUCUUUUCUUCUUUUUUCGCAAUUAAAAAACGUAAAUCGAUAUUAAUUGCGGGAUAUGUCACAGGAAGAAUAAUUAUCCAUAAGGAGAUUAUUUAGUUAUUUGUUCGAUGUUAAGGUCGGUGUGAUUGUCAAACCGCCAUGUGUCAGGAUUAAGUGAUUCGAAUUCCGAUGGUAAGGAAUCAAGUACUUAUAAAUUUAUAAUCCAUGUUGUAAGUUGUAACUGCUGAAAGGAAUACAUGUGUUAGUUACUGGUGCCAA